UUUUUAAUAAAAAAGGUCAUGCAUUUUAGAAGCUCCCUCGGAACAAUCUCCAAGUAGACCCUCCUUUUUGGAAUUUACCCAUUUUCCGUUAUCAACCUAUGGUAAGCUCAAGGUCCGCAUAAAGAAUCUCCCGUUGACCCUUAUUUGUAGCCUAGGCUAGGAGAAGGAGUGGGUUUGUGUUGGUUUCCUGUUUCAAUCGAAAUGGCAUUCCCUAAUAAGAUAAAGGUGAUGAAUCCCAUAGUUGAGAUGGACGGGGAUGAAAUGACUCGGGUUAUUUGGAAAUCUAUAAAGGAAAAUCUUAUCUUUCCCUUCCUGGAGUUGGAUGUCAAAUAUUUUGACCUUGGUCUCCAUAAUCGUGAUUCCACCGAUGAUCAAGUUACCAUAGAAAGCGCUCAAGCUACUCUUAAGUAUAAUGUAGCAAUUAAAUGUGCAACUAUAACUCCAGAUGAAGCCCGUGUUAAGGAGUUCAACUUAAAGAAAAUGUGGAAAAGUCCUAAUGGGACAAUACGAAACAUUUUAAAUGGAACAGUUUUCAGGGAACCAAUUAUCUGCAAUAAUGUCCCUCGGCUUGUCCCAAGUUGGACCAAGCCGAUCUGCAUUGGAAGACAUGCUUUUGGUGAUCAGUACCGAGCAACUGAUUUAGUUGUACGAGGAUCUGGAAAACUUAUGCUUGUUUUUGUUCCAGAUACAAGUGAUGAGAAGGAGCUGGAGGUUUUCAACUUCAAAGGUGAUGGAGGUGUAGCUUUGUCCAUGUACAACACUGAUGAGUCUAUACAAGCUUUUGCUGAGGCUUCAAUGAACACUGCUUACCAGAAAAAAUGGCCACUUUAUCUUAGCACAAAAAAUACAAUUCUGAAGAAUUAUGAUGGAAGAUUUAAGGACAUAUUCCAGGAAGUUUAUGAAACUCGAUGGAAAUCCAAGUUUGAGGCUGAAGGUAUAUGGUAUGAGCAUCGUCUUAUUGAUGAUAUGGUUGCUUAUGCUCUAAAGAGCGAAGGAGGUUAUGUAUGGGCAUGCAAAAACUAUGAUGGAGACGUGCAGAGUGAUUUCUUAGCCCAAGGGUUUGGAUCUCUUGGGUUGAUGACAUCAGUGCUGGUGUGCCCAGAUGGAAAGACUAUUGAAGCUGAAGCAGCCCAUGGCACAGUUACCCGCCACUACCGAGUUCAUCAGAAAGGAGGUGAAACCAGCACUAACAGCAUAGCAUCAAUUUUUGCUUGGUCACGAGGCCUUGCACACAGGGCAAGGUUGGAUGGCAAUGGGCGACUGCUAGAUUUUACUGAAAAACUGGAAGCAGCCUGUGUUGGAACAGUUGAAUCAGGGAAAAUGACUAAAGAUCUUGCGCUACUCAUUUAUGGACCAAGGGUUACUAGGUCUCAGUAUCUAAAUACAGAGGAAUUUAUUGAAGCUGUAGCUAAGGAGUUGAGUAAAAGAUUGCAUGUGAAAGCGAAUUUGUAACACAUGUGGCCUCUCACAUAGCUUUAUCCUUGGCAAUAAUAAUGUAUUACCUGCAAUUUGGUUAAACAGUAUAUAUAUAUAUGUAUGUAUUGAAUUCUAAAUACCCAUAUGAGAAUUGGGAAGGGAUGACAAUGAGAAGAAUAUAAAUGGUAUCCGGCACCAGCAUUAUCCUCCAUCAUUGAACCUUUUAGUUGGAUUGGGAUACCAUAUAAAGGAUUCAUACAUAAUAUCUUAAUGCUUACUUAA